AUGCACCCAGCGUUUCUGCCUUAUGCUAAACAUUUAGACCCCGGAUGUGAAAAACCACCAAAUGGCGGAUAUGCGCCAGGCAUUGAUGCGAUGGUUCCUUGUACUGUUCUUCUGAUUAUUCUUUUAUAUACUUUCGAACUUCAUUUAAACGGCUCACAACCACUAAUAUACACGUGUGAUGUUACAGCUCCAUGUGGUUGCUCUUCUAAACCAGUCAUAUUAUCAUCAUCCUCAAGAAUUAUUGGUGGUGAAAAUUCUCAGAUUGGUAGUUGGGGAUGGAUUGUGUCGUUACAGUCAGAUGAUGAACACUUUUGUGGAGGCUCAAUUAUUUCACCAAGUCAUAUUUUAACAGCUGCACAUUGCAUUAACUACUUUGAAGCGUUAGGAACUGUUACAGUACAUGCUGGGAUACACAAUAAAACAGCGGGUGGUCAAAUUCGAACUAUCGCAGUUGUAUUGAUUCAUCCAGAUUAUAAUCACUUUUCGUUGGAAAAUGAUAUCGCCAUACUUCAUUUAUCUGUUCCACUAGAUAUGACUGAUCCAUUAGUCACUCAGGUUUGUUUACCCAAACUUGAUCUGGUCAAUCUCGCCACUGAAGAAUAUCCCUUACCUGGGACGAAGUUGAUUGAAAUCGGGUGGGGUAUUAUGAACAAGACAAAUUUAUUCGAGUUUGAGUUACCAGAUGAAUUACAGCAAGGAAUAACCUUUGCUCUGAACGUAUCCGAUGCUAUCUGUAAGGAUGCAAUGGAUCUUACGGGGUUCAAUGCAGCAGAUGCUCACACGCAGUUUUGCGCAUAUGCUGUAGGAGGUAGAAAAGGAGCUUGUCAAGGUGAUAGCGGUGGGCCUAUUAUGCUGUAUGAUGUUUCACAUCAGCGUUGGGAGGAAGUCGGUGUUGUUAGUUAUGGCAAUCCUGAAUGUGCUCAAUUGAAUUAUGCGACAGUUUACACACGUGUUGCAUAUUAUCUUGAUUUCAUUCAAUUCGGAUUGAAUACUACAGCAACUACCAGUACAACCACAUCCCUAACAACGACAUUUUCAUCAACUGUCUCUACUAUAUCCACCACGCUGAAAGAGACCACAACGGCUAUUGGAAACUGCAUACAAUUGAAUUUAGUACUAUUUACUAUCAGUCUCACUAACUUCUAUAUGAUCUAUAUUCCCUUGACUGAAAGUCUAGGGUCAUAUGAAAUAAAUGUCGGCGUCGGCAUCGGCGUCGGCGUCCGCAUGUGA